AUAUCCAGAGAAACUGCUGAGAUGUUCCGAGAAGUGUUUUUUUCCACUCUCCUUUGUGUGACUCUAGUUCCUCUCCAUGCUCAGUUUGAUGGGGAUCCUGGAGAUGUCAGUCCUACCUCCUGUGCAGAAAAAAGGAAUUGCCCCAUCAAUGUGUACUUCAUCAUUGACACCUCGGAGAGUGUUGCUCUGCAGACUGUGCCUAUCCAGAGCCUCGUGGAUCAAAUAAAGAGGUUCAUCCCUGUGUUCAUUGACAAACUGGAGAGUGAGCUCUACCAGAACCAAGUCUACAUCACUUGGCAGUUUGGUGGACUUCAUUAUUCUGAUGUGGUGGAAAUUUACAGCCCUUUAACAAGCAGCAAAGACAUAUACCUCCCCAGGCUGUCAGCUAUUAACUACCUUGGCCGGGGCACCUUCACGGACUGCGCUAUCUCAAACAUGACAGAGCAGAUCCAGACCCAGAUGGCCUCGGGCGUGAACUUUGCAAUAGUCAUCACUGAUGGCCAUGUCACUGGCAGCCCUUGUGGGGGAAUGAAGGUGCAGGCUGAGAGGGCACGAGACAUGGGGAUCAAGCUCUUUGCGGUGGCCCCCAGUGACAACGUCUACGAGCAGGGGCUGCGGGAGAUCGCCAACCUGCCCCACGAGCUGUACCGCAACAACUACGCCAUCACCCAGAAAGACACCCUGGACAUCGACGUCAACACUAUCGAUAGGAUAAUCCAAGCUAUGAAACAUGAAGCCUAUGGAGAGUGCUACAAGAUGAGCUGCCUGGAGAUUGCAGGUCCACCUGGUCCCAAGGGAUACAGAGGCCAAAAGGGUGCAAAGGGAAACAUGGGAGAGCCAGGCUCCCCUGGGCUGAAAGGACGACAGGGUGACCCAGGUAUUGAAGGUCCGAUCGGAUACCCUGGUCCCAAGGGUGUCCCAGGGCUGAAAGGAGAGAAGGGCGAGAUUGGAUCUGAUGGACGGAGGGGUGCCCCUGGUUUGGCAGGCAGGAACGGCACUGAUGGACAGAAGGGCAGGCUGGGGAGGAUUGGACCACCAGGAUGCAAGGGAGACCCCGGUGACAAGGGCCCUGAUGGCUAUCCAGGAGAUGCAGGAGACCAAGGUGAAAGAGGAGAUGAAGGCAUAAAGGGAGAUCCUGGCCGGCCUGGUCGCAGUGGACCCCCUGGACCUCCAGGAGAAAAGGGAAGCCCGGGACUUCCAGGCAAUCCUGGAGCUCAAGGGCCUGCUGGAACUAAGGGAAUAAAAGGUGAAGCAGGAUCUCCAGGACCUAAAGGGGAGCCUGGUCGACGUGGAGAUCCAGGGACGAAAGGCAGCAAAGGCACUCCUGGGAUCAAGGGAGAAAGGGGAGAUCCUGGUCCAGAGGGUCCUCGAGGCCUGCCUGGUGAGGUUGGAAGCAAAGGAGCAAGGGGAGAUCAAGGACUGCCAGGACCCCGUGGCCCUUCAGGUGCUGUGGGAGAGCCGGGCAAUAUAGGAUCACGUGGAGACCCUGGUGACUUAGGCCCAAGAGGUGAUGCUGGACCACCAGGACCAAAGGGUGACAGAGGCAGACCUGGCUUUAGCUACCCUGGACCCAGAGGACCACAGGGUGACAAGGGUGAGAAGGGGCCACCAGGACCCAAGGGAGUAAGAGGUGAGCUUGGACCAAAAGGAGCACAAGGAACCAAAGGAGUGAAGGGGGAACCGGGUGAUCCUGGCCCAGGAGGAGAGCCUGGACCCCGCGGUCCAACUGGUGAAGCAGGACCCGAGGGGAGCUCUGGCCCACCAGGAGAUCCUGGCCUGACUGACUGUGACGUGAUGACCUACGUGCGAGAGACAUGUGGAUGUUGUGACUGUGAGAAACGCUGUGGUGCCCUGGACAUCAUGUUCGUCAUAGACAGCUCGGAGAGUAUUGGCUACACCAACUUCACCCUGGAGAAAAAUUUUGUGGUCAAUGUGGUCAGCCGGCUGGGCUCUAUUGCCAAGGACCCCAAGUCACAGACAGGUGCCCGUGUCGGAGUGGUGCAGUACAGUCAUGAGGGGACCUUUGAAGCCAUUAAGCUUGAUGAUGAGCGUAUUGAUUCACUGUCAAGCUUCAAGGAAGCAGUGAAGCGCCUGGAGUGGAUUGCUGGAGGCACCUGGACACCUUCUGCCCUUCAGUUUGCCUAUAACAAGCUCAUCAAGGAAAGCAGGAGAGAAAAAGCCCAAGUGUUUGCUGUGGUGAUCACAGAUGGGCGGUACGACCCCCGGGAUGAUGACAAGAACCUAGGUGCUCUUUGUGGCAGAGAUGUUGUUGUCAACACCAUUGGAAUUGGAGACAUGUUUGAUCAGCCAGAGCAGAGUGAGACUCUGGUCUCCAUUGCUUGCAAUGAACCCCAGCGAGUCCAGAAGAUGAGGCUGUUCUCAGACCUGGUGGCAGAGGAAUUCAUUGACAAGAUGGAGGACGUGCUCUGCCCAGAUCCACAGAUUGUCUGCCCUGAGCUGCCCUGUCAGACAGAACUUGCAGUUGCCCAGUGCACACAGCGCCCUGUUGACAUUGUCUUCUUGCUUGAUGGCUCUGAAAGGAUUGGAGAGCAGAAUUUCCACAGGGCCCACCACUUUGUGGAGGAGGUGGCCCGACAGCUUACUCUGGCCAGGAGCAACACUGACAACAUGAAUGCACGGAUCGCGUUGCUACAGUAUGGCAGUGAGAGAGACCAGGAUGUGGUCUUCCCACUGACCUACAACAUGACAGAGAUCUCCAACGCCCUGGCUCAGAUCAAGUACCUGGACUCGUCCUCCAACAUCGGGUCAGCCAUCAUACAUGCCAUCAACAACAUCGUGCUCAGCCCUGGAGUUGGGCAGCGACUCGCUCGGCGCAAUGCUGAGCUCUCCUUCGUCUUCAUCACCGAUGGCAUCACAGGAAACAAGAACCUUGAGGAGGCCAUCAACUCCAUGAAGAAGCAAGAUGUGAUGCCCACAGUAGUGGCUCUAGGGAGUGAUGUAGACAUGGAUGUCCUGCUGAAGCUUGGCUUUGGGGACCGGGCAGCCAUCUUCCGGGAGAAGGACUAUGACAGCCUCUCCCAGCCCAGCUUUUUUGACAGGUUCAUUAGGUGGAUAUGUUAAAUGAAUGCAGUGCACAUUUCCUCCUCUCACCAGUAUACACACCCCUGUUAUUACCUGUUCCAUUUUCUUCCUUCUCUGUGGUUGCUAGCAACGCUGAAGAACAGCUGCCCUCUGAGUCCUCUUCUCUAGCCAUGAUGAAAACUCAUGUAUCUUACAUUUAUGGUGCUAAUUAAAACCAAAGCAAGACUCAGAGCCAUAAAAUGUACUUCUGUAAAGCUCUAUGAACACCAACCCAUGCUUUGCAUAUGUACUGUAACCCUAGGAGGCCUUGUCACAGAAGCAAGAAACCUUUCCAGUGGGGUAGGACAAAUAAUCAUCUCUAGUUUUCAAAAGCUCUUAACCGCCCUCAGUGUCCUGGGAGGAGAUUUAUGGUUAUGACAUUCUCCAUUCUUUUAGCAAAGCCUUUUCUAGAUUAUCUCAUCUUUGUUGGUCUCUCAUUACUUCUGCUCUGAGGGAAGUGAGUGAGUUUAUGACAUUUCACAUGCUGCUUGUGAUCAGAGGUCACAAGCGCCUUGCUUUCCCUAUGCAUAGCCCUUGGGAGCUUGCUCCUCUUUCCCAGAGGAACAGUGGAAUGGUGAGAGGUUUUGCUGCUUUCAACAGUUGUUUGCCAGUGCUCCUCUGGGGGCUCUCUAUCCUAAAUUUCACAAAUCGUGUUGAAGCUCUUCAUUUUCCUCUAGCUGUGGCUCACUGCCUUCUGCCAUUCUAACCUUCAUCAGAACUUUAUUACUCUACCCAAAAUCCUGGCUGAGAGGGGCAGCAUGCCUCCCACCAGCUUACAAAAUAUCGGGCAGCUGCUGGAGCCGCUUCUCUGUCAUCCUAAUGUGCUCAAACUAACCAUGGUGCCUUCUUCCCACUGGUAUCUGCUGAACAGAACAAU